CAUAUCUCGGUGUGGUGUGGAAAACAUCAGAGUAUCUCGGUGCAGCCCGGCUCAAAGUCGURUUUUAAACCCACACCAGUCACGUUAUGUAUCUGCUGUGUCGUGUUUCUAACACGGAGAUGCCUCACAAUCUAAUGGAGGCACUUUUUAAUCCGCGUCAAAGACAAACAGCGGUUGCUUCACGUGCACGAGGCGACACUUGAUUUUUGUGUGUGUUUUCCGGAGGAAACGCUGAUUUAUCGUUAAAUCUUUCAGCGUUUCAACUUCAUGASGCGCAGUAUUUCAGCUCCGCUGGACUCCGCUGUCAAAGCGGCUGUUGUUGUUGUUGUUUAUCUGUAAUGAAGACGGGAAGUAAACAAUGACAAAGCGCCCGGCGUCGGGACAGGAGAAGACUGGGAGAGUGACAAGGACGGGGAGAGAGGGAGAAAAGAAAGGGGAGGGGAACUGACAUUAAAGCAACACAACAAGGAAACUACACUGCAGAGCCCACAGACGCCUUCAUUUUAUGUUUUUGAAUAAUAGCCGGAGCUAGUGUGUGUGUGAAAUCAGCCCCAACCCCCCGGCUCACACCGCCUCAAGUGUCCCGGAAAGAGCCGCUUCGGACCGGGUUUUCAGGCGCUCUGCUUCGCUUUCACACUGAUAUGGGAACAAUAUAGGUCUCCUGAACAGACCUGUGACCCACAAUGUGUCUGCUUUCAGARCUGGAAGCACCUAGCUCCCCGCAGGUGGUGGAGGAUGGAGGUGAGGAGGAUGAGGAGGAGCUGAGCGGAGGCGAGGAGGCAGACUUUCGCACUAGUUCAGGCCGAGGCUCCUUGUUGACCCGGAGAGGCAUCACCCUGAGAGUUCUGCUGAAAGAUGGCCUGGUGGAGCCGGGGGACGGCGUGCUGGCCAUCCACUACCUGGGCAAGAACUUUGUGGGUGACCUGUUGAACGAUGGGAARAUCCGAUGGGUGGAGACGGGGCAGAUCUUUAACUCUCCCAGCGCCUGGGCAACGCACUGCAAGCGUCUGGUCAACCCGGCGAAGAAGUCCGGCUGCGGCUGGGCGUCUGUGCGUUACCGGGGUCAGAAGCUGGCCCAGUACAAAACCACCUGGCUGCACAAGUACCAGCCCAGCGCAGACAUGAGUCUGGUGAGUGAGGAAGACGAGGACGAGGAUGAUGAGGAAGGAAAGACAGCUGUGCAGGCGGAUGAGAGGAAUAAGAACAACAAGCCUGGAUUACACGAYGUGAUGGUUUCACGUCGAGCGGACAGAGAGAGGAUUCCCGUCAGAUAUUGCUCCCUGGGCACCAGAGAUGCUGCCAAAGAUCCCCACACCUUAGUGGAGCUUUCUGCGUUCUCGGCCAUCAACAGGUUCCAGCCGUUCAAUGUAGCUGUCUCCAGUAAUGUUCUGCUGCUAAUGGACUUCCAUUGUCAYCUAACCACCAGCGAGGUGGUGGGAUACCUCGGAGGACGAUGGGACACCAAUACUCAGUUGCUGACAGUCUUAAGGGCUUUCCCGUGUCGGACCCGGCUGGCUGACCGAGAAUCUGCCUCUGCUGUUGAAGAGGAGAUUUGUCAGAACCUGUUCAUGCGUGGGCUGUCGUUGGUGGGCUGGUACCACAGUCACCCGCGGGGUCCGGCUCUGCCCUCRCUGCAGGACAUCGACUCCCAGAUGGAUCAUCAGCUGAGGCUGCAGGGCUCCAAUAAUGGCUUCCAGCCCUGCCUGGGCAUCAUCUGUGGUCCAUAUUACCAUGGAAAUCAAGGUGUGGCAUCUACAAUAACUCCGUUCUGGGUUGUACCACCACCUGAGCAAAGACCUAAUGACUAUGGAAUCCCUGUGGCAGUGGAGGUCACAUAUGUGCAGGACAACUUCCUUACCAGYGAUGUUCUCAAUGAGAUGAUGCUGCUGGUGGAAUACUACAGAGCAGCUCCAGAYCUGGUCCAGUUCAACCAGUACUGGUGUCCUGAUACGACCAURAUGGACAAGAUCAAGGGCUCUCUGAGUUGCCACGCCCCCAAAGACCAGGCCUACUCGCAGAUCUUGGAGCACGUCUACAGUCAGCUGAGCAACAUGCACUGAGGUCCGUUAAGCUCAGGUGACGUGACGGCGCUGCAGCAGCUGAUGAGAUGUACUGUGUAAAUCAUACUUGAGUCAUGACUAACGCCUGGUUCACACUGCAAGAUGAUUGURUCGAUUUUUGSCCCUUAAGGGCRUCCYGAUUAUCGUGAUGGCUCUAAAUAUAAUCUGAUGAGAUAUUCCURCCGUGUGUGGUGUGUUAGGAGUUAUCUAGAAGGAAUUUUGGACCACUUCCAUCUCGAAUUGAGGAUAUUCAACAUGUUGGAUUGUCUUGGCCUGAUAUCAGCGUGAUGUUUGGAGGACAAGCGAGCUCGCAGCCUGUUGAAUGUGGCGUGUAGCCAAUCAGAACGUGAGGUGACAGAAACACAGAAGAGAUUCCAAAAUACAGAAGACAAAAGGCUGCCGUGGAACACCAGAAAGUCUGGUGAGCGUCAAAGACGUUUGUUUUUUUCUGUUAAAAAUAGUCCACAAUCUGUCACAAUUGCAUCUUCCUUAUCRGCCAUUUUUAUUUAUUCUGAAGUCAAGUUUGCUCUUGAAAGGUUUCGUGAGAUUUCCUGUCUGACGUGACUGUUUGAUCUGUUUGUKUGUGGCUGUGCAUCACACACUGUAGGACCAAACCUGUCAAAUUUAUGAUUUUUAUUGUCGUGUGGGGUUUCUCAGUCRUUGAAAAUGAACAAUUUUAAAAUCUUGCCGUGUGAACCAUGCGUAGGUCUGAUACAGCACUAUAGAGUUAAAACUAACAUCUGUGAUUAUGUGCUGCUCCUGAAAGUUGUAUUUAUGAGCAGAAAAAAAAACGAACACUGUCCAAUCAAAGGAACAAUGAAACAUUUCAAAGGGACACUCAGUAAGGGCAUUUGUUAAAGUGAAAAACAGUCAGCCURAAUGACCUCUGACCUUUCACACAUGGACCUAUGUCUGUUACAGCAUCUGAUCAGAUCUCAGCAGAUAUGAACCUUUUUAAACCAUUAAUGUCUUGCAGUCUGGGUAGAUUCAUGGAAUAGUAGUUCAAAAAAAUAUACACUAACGUAUGCAAAAGUAACUGUUUGAAUUCCUUGCAGUAGGUUUUGUUCUUGUUUGUGCUUUGUAAGUCCUAUUUAAGGGUUGUGGUGCAGGUGUGUUUGUGUGUAUGUGUUGUGACUGUACCCAAGAGCCUCUCAGGUGUGUGAGAUAUAGUCUGGUUGGUUAGGGCAGAUAUUUGCUUUGUCUUUGACCAUUACUGUAUUUAAUAUGAACUGUGAUACCAGGACAGAGCAAUGCCUUAAGCCUGCUGAUUGAUGCUCCACAAAGUAUUAAACUAUACACUGGAACUAUUUAAA